AGUUUUCGCCGCCAGCUUGUGAAGGCAUCUUCUGUCUCGUGUUGUUGUCUGAUGCAGCUAGCACGCCAGCUUGACUCGGCUAACAAGUUGGCGAAAGACAAACUAUCGUAGAAAUUAUAGCAGAACGUAACAGCCAAAGCUCAUAAAGAAUGAGAAGAGUUACGUUAUUUAUUAACGGGACGUCUAAAAAUGGCAAGGUUGUAGCAGUGUACGGGGCCUUGUCCGACCUAUUAUCUGUAGCAAGCAAUAAGUUAGGAAUCAAAGCCUCUAGUUUAUACAAUGGCAAGGGUGGUCUUAUAGAUGACAUUGCACUCAUAAGAGACGAUGACGUGCUGUAUGUGUCGGAGGGAGAUCCAUUUAUCGAUCCUCAACAUGAAGCCAAGGUUAGAUCUGAUCCGCAUGGAGCACACACCGAUUGGCUGACCCUCAACAUUGGUGGGCGUCUCUUCACCACCACCAGGAGCACCUUGGUCAGCAAGGAGCCAGAGAGCAUGCUGGCACAUAUGUUUCGGGAGAAGGAUGUGUGGGGGAACAAGCAGGACGAGCAGGGGGCUUACCUCAUCGACCGCAGCCCUGAAUACUUUGAGCCCAUUCUCAACUACUUGAGACAUGGUCAACUCAUUAUCAAUGAAGGCAUGAAUAUACGAGGUGUCCUCGAGGAGGCUCGAUUCUUUGGAAUUGAGCAGCUCGCUGAACAGCUUGAAGUAGCUAUCAAGAACUCGCAGCCACCUGAGGACCACUCCCCCAUUUCCCGCAAGGAGUUUGUCCGUUUUCUUCUGGCAACACCCACCAAGUCAGAGCUCCGCUGUCAGGGACUUAAUUUCAGUGGUGCUGAUCUGUCCAGACUUGAUCUGCGCUACAUUAAUUUUAAAAUGGCUAAUCUGAGCCGCUGCAAUCUGACACAUGCCAACCUGUGCUGUUCCAAUCUCGAGCGGGCCGAUCUCUCUGGAGCCAACCUGGAUGGUGCUAACUUACAAGGGGUGAAGAUGCUGUGUUCCAAUGCUGAGGGAGCUUCUCUAAAAGGAUGCAAUUUUGAAGAUCCAUCGGGACUGAAGGCCAACCUGGAAGGUGCAAAUCUGAAAGGAGUUGACAUGGAAGGAAGCCAGAUGACCGGGAUCAACCUGCGUGUGGCCACUCUGAAAAAUGCAAAGCUGAAGAACUGUAACCUCCGGGGAGCCACUUUAGCGGGGACUGAUCUUGAGAACUGCGACCUGUCUGGCUGUGAUCUCCAGGAAGCCAAUCUGAGAGGGUCCAAUGUGAAAGGAGCCAUUUUUGAAGAGAUGCUGACCCCUCUGCACAUGUCUCAGAGUGUCAGAUAACUCGUUACACACCCGCAAGUCCAGUGUGGACCACAGCUGACUUCCUUUUAAUGCUCUUUACCUGCUGUCAGCCUCUCCUGUACUCCCCCACUACCAGUCUCCCUUUAUCUGUUCCUGCAGUACAGGUAGUCGUAUGCACAUCCCUGGCAUUCCCCCCAAUUUAAGUUAGCUUUAAAUAUCUUGCACUAGAUUUUAUCCAGGGUUGUUGAUGUAUGUUUGUAUGGUUGGAUGUUUUUUAAAUGUUCAGCUGUAUAUCACCAAAAACAAAGUCAUGUUUGUUUGUGUAGAUGUGUCUGGAUGCAAUCCAAUCACGAUACUCAUUUAAUGUUUUCUAUGACUUAAGUUCACUUGAAAUGACUUCAUGCUAAUCACAAUGGUCAAAAUUAGAGUAUAAGAGCACUAAGCUUCACUGUAUGGUGCUGUAGCUUAAAUCGAAGGGGUCACUUACCGAUAACUGUGUCAUUACAUAUUCCUCUUAAGUGUGUAACUUAAUUUAGCUGGAUUCAACAUAUUAUAAAUAAUGCAAGCCAAAGCCAUACAAUAGCACAGUCUAAAAGGCUAUAAUUGAACGUGAAACUAUGCGGCAAGCUAGUUAUAAACACAGCUUGUUUAUGCAAUACAUGAUUUACAGCUGUGACGUUUCUCCCUAAUUUUUAAUGUUGUGUUCUAAAAAAAGAAGAAAACUUUCCCUGUUUUGCGCCCUGUGAAUCUACCUCUUUUUAUUUUAAUCCUGUGCGAGUGAUCCACAGUUGCAUGCAUUUAACUGUGGCACUGCAUUAUGUGUAUGUACGUUAUUCAUUAUUCUUCCAAUUAUGAGAAAAUUAUUCAACUUGUGCUUUCACAGAAAGCCAUUUUUAUGUGUUAAUGUUGUCAGAGUGGGUUUUACCUGGAAACAUGCUCUGUAUAUAUCAGCAUAUAUAUCACUUAAUCAUUCUUUGAACUCAUUUGCACAAAUGUAUGUUUACUUAUAACAUGUUAUACCUUUUCACCAAAAAUGCUUGGUGCUUGUAAUCUUACGUAAAUCAAAUCCAGUACUUCCAAAAUCUAUUGGAGAGGGCAGUUGUUUUGUUGAGGAACUCUCCAGUUUUCCUGGACGGUGUCUGUUUGCAUGUGUAAAAAGCUGUACUCGUCUUUGACUGAUGGGAUUUCUCUAUAGCCAUGACUCAAAGCUUCUCCGACGCAAUACAGUUCACUCAGUUUCAUAGUAGGUACCCAGCCUGUGAGAAUGGACGAUGAAGGCAAUCAUCCUGUGUAUUGCAAUUCAGACUCAGUUGAAGAGCUAUGGCUAUUUAUUUUAAUACUCACCGAUUGCAAUAUGGGGCAACGGUUAGCUUGUGUUUGAGAGAGGGAAUGGUAAAGGUUUCUCUAUGUAUGAUUAUUGCACUCGACCCUGGAAAUAUAUUUCCAUAAAUGACUGUUAUAAAUAAGUUACGACAAUGAAGAAAAA